AUUCAGUUCCACCAUCGCAACGCCGUUCACAUGCGCGCGCAUGGCUUCGGAGUGCUUCUUCUUCCUAUUGUUCAUUACGAAAUUGUAAAGUUAAAUAGCAGACAAAUUUGCGUUCUGCCAGUAUAAAUAGCUAGAUAUAAACAAAGAAAUUUUGUAAAUUACUAGUGAAUUCCCCAAGAGCCAUACGGAAGAGCGAAAAUUUUUCAUAGCAACAUUUAGGCAAAUAAGUAACACAACAAAUGCAACAACAACAACAAGCACAACAGCAAGACCAGCAACAGCAACAACAACAAGUACCAGAACCACAGGAAUAACAAGGACAAGGACACAACAAAACAAGACACCCACGCGCGGAGGCCAGAAAGAGACGGCAGCACAGGAGCCACAGCGAGUGCGAGAGAGCGAGAGCGAGAGCAACGAUGGAUCGCUACGACAUGGAGGACGUUGUGGUGGCGCCACCUGCAGAGUGCAGUUCGCCGCUCAAGGAGUGGCGCCUCAAGCGCCAGGCGGGCACACUAGCCCGGUCCGAUUUUAUCGAAUUCUUUAAGCGCGAGUCGCCCAAGUACUUUGAUUACCAGACGGGCGGUACGGAGACAGAUACCAAUGCGCUUACUCUCAAGUGCAUGUUCAAGGAGGCGCUGGCCAAGGAGGAGAUCAUCGAUGUCCUGGUCGAGUUCAUGCUGGGCGACAAUCCCGCCUCCGCACUGGAGAAGCUCCGGCUGGAGGGCAACACGGCCACCGUUUGCGGCAAGGUCUUCAAGAACGGUGAGCCCACCUACAGUUGCCGCGAGUGCGGCGUCGAUCCCACCUGCGUGCUCUGCGUCAAUUGCUUCAAGCGCUCGGCGCAUCGCUUCCACAAGUACAAGAUGUCCACCUCCGGCGGCGGCGGUUGCUGCGACUGCGGCGACGACGAGGCCUGGAAGAAGGAUCACUACUGUCAGCUGCAUCUGGCAAAUCGCAAGAAUCCGCUGGAGAGCAAGAUCCUAACCGACGCCGUGCUCGAGCGCGCCGAGAUCUGCUUUGGUGCGAUCCUGGCCUUCUGCGUCAACUACCUGGAGAUCGAGCCGAACGCCAGUCUGCAGUGCCUCGACGGGAAUGUCGAAGGCGGCCAGGUGGAUGGGGCGCAGUACUGCACGGUGCUCUACAACGACGAGUCGCACACGUUCGAUCAGGUCAUCCAGACGCUGACCAAGAUCGCCAAGUGCAAGCACAAGGACGCCAUGGAGAUUGUGGCGGCGAUCGAUCGCGAGGGACGGGCGGUGGUCAAGUGCGAUACCUUUAAGGAGUGCAACGACCUGAAAACAGCCAUCGAGAAUCAAAUGAUCCCGGCGACCGCGCUGCUGACGAAUCCGCGCAACAACCAGUCGCUAAGGACAUCGGUGCUGCACAUUGGGGCCGUGGCCUGCCAGCAGUUUGCCCUGCAGCUGCUCGGCUGGUUCCAGGAGUUCCUGGUGCGCCACUACCUCUUCCGCAAGACCUUCGCCGAGCUGGUGCAGCGCAAGCAGGAGGCCUUCUGCAUCCGCCACAUACUCGAGUACGACGUGAAGCUGUGGAAGACGGCGCGCACCUGCUGGCACCGCCUCCUCAUCUCCGGCAUGCUGAUGGAGUACGACAACAAGAUGGUGCUGGCCCAGGAGUUCUCGCGUCGCUACGCCACCAUUGUCGAGGACUUUAUCAGCGACGAUCACGACCAUGCCUUCUCGAUUGUCUCGCUCAGCGUUCAGCUGUUCACGGUGCCCAGCAUUGCCCAUCAUCUGAUCGCCCACGAGGGCAUCUUCGACAAGCUGCUGCACACCUUCUACCACGUGGCCAUCGAGAAGUUCAUACAGAACAAGACGCUGCACUUUAGCAAGAACAUCGCCAGUUUGACCUUCUUCAAGCGGGCCAACUACAUCCUGUACGAUCUGCGCUAUCUGCUCAGUUUGAAGCCGGAGCUGCUGAACAACGAUCUGCGCAGCGGAUUCCUAGAAGGCUGCCGUGCGCUGAUGCGCGUGCUAAACGUUAUGCAGGGCAUGGAGUCGAUCACGCGGCAGACGGGCCAGCACAUGGACUACGAGCCGGAGUGGGAGUGCGCCUUCAAUCUGCACAUCAAGCUGGCCACCACCAUUUCGCAGGUGAUCGAGUGGGCGGCCGGGGAUGUGAAGCUGCUGCGCAAGCUGUACAAGAUGACGGUGCGAGCGCUGGUGAGCAACAGCUUCAUUGUGGGUGGCGAGAAGACCGAAACGCGCAGUGUCGCUGGCCAUGUGGCCAACUGUUUGAUGUACGAUGUGUCGGUUAAGCCGGUAUCGAUUCAUUUGCCGCUGUCGCGCUUCUAUGCCGGCAUCUAUCUGCAUCUGGGCGCCCACGAGAUGACCUACGACAGCCUGCAGACCGAAACGGAGGCGCUGAGCAUCAAGCUGACGCCCAGGGAGAUUAUCGAGCCGGUGCUGUGCACGCAUGCGAUGAUCGCCCAGGUGGCCGCCGGAAUGUGGCGUCGCAAUGGCUACUCGCUGCUGCACCAGCUCUACUUCUAUCGCAACGUUCGCUGCCGCGUCGAGAUGCUGGACAGGGAUAUUGUUUGCCUGCAAAUUGGCGCCUCGCUGAUGGAGAGCAACGAGUUUCUGAUUCAUGUGCUCAACAAAUUCAAUCUGAUUGCCUGGGCGCAGGCCACGUACGAAACGAUGCUGGCCGAGAGUCCGGUGGACGAUGAGUUCAUGCGACAGCUGUCGAUGAUUGACGAGUUCCUCGAGCUGCUGAUCGUCAUCAUCGGCGAGCGUUGGAUGCCGGGCGUAUCGAUGGUGACGGAGGAGGACCGGCUGCGCAAGGAGAUCAUCCAGCUGCUGUGCACCAAAUCCUAUUCGCAUUCGGAGCUGAGUCGCGCGCUGCCGGACGGCAAUAGCGGGAAUAGCGACAACAUAUUCGAGGACGUCAUCAACACGGUGGCCGUCUUCAAGAAGCCCGUGGGCGUCGAGUCCAAGGGCGUCUACGAGCUGAAGGAGCAUCUGUUCGAGGAGUUCAACGUGUACUUCUAUCACUACACCAAGGAGGACAAGUCCAAGGCCGAGGAGCUGCAGCGGGAGCGGCGCAAGGCCAAGAAGCAGCUCGUCUGCUGCCCGCCGCCGAUGCUGCCGCAAUUGACGCCGGCCUUUACAUCCAUGGCGAACAUACUGCAGUGCAACGUGUUCCUCAGCAUCUGCACUUUGGUCAUGGAACGGGCCUUGGACGCACGCAGUCGCUCCUUCACCGAAUCGCAUCUCCAGAAGAUCCUCCACCUGCUGGGCUUCGCCAUCCAGGAGGAGCUGAGCGAGCACUAUCCCUUCUUGAGCUUCUACGAGCGCUCCCAGCACUACGGAAUCCUCGAGAAGCUGGACGAUCUCGCCCGCUGUCCCAGGUUGGAGGCUCAUCGCGACUUUGUCGUGUGGACCAUCAAGCGGUACAAGGAGCUGCAGGCCAAGCAGGCGCCCAGCGACUCCCAGCCCAGUGGCUCCCAGCAAUGCAGCGGCGGCGGCGGAGCCUCGGAGGAGCAGCCGCUCAGCUCCGAGGAGCAGGCGCGCCAGGAGAAGGAGAUACGCGCCCGUUUGGCGGCCGAGCGGCGGGCCAAGAUCAUGGCUCAGAUGCAGAGUGCCCAGAAGUCGUUCAUGAAGAGCAAUGCCGAGAUGUUUGCGGCCAGUGAGAAGGAGACAAGUGGUAGUACGGGUGCCAUGGAGUGGGAGGAUAUACCCGCCGAGGGUGAGGAGGCGGCGCAGGAUGAUGGACAGGAGCAGGAACAGGGAGCGGUGGCCCUCAGGCCCACGGUGGUGGCCUGUCUGGGGCCGGAGCGCAAAAUCUACCAGGGCAGCGAGGCGAACUUCAAGUGCAUUUUGUGCUUCGAGAACUGCGCCAUCAGCCGCAGCGGUCCGCCGUUGGUCAGCUCCGCCUUUGUCCAGACCUCGCGGGUGAUCUUCACCACGCCAAAUAUGCGCGCAGGGCCGAGCGCCCUGCACAUGAGCUGCUGCGGCCAUGUGAUGCACCACAGCUGCUGGCAGGAGUACUACAGCAACGAGGAGUCCAAGGAGCAGCGGCGUCCGCACCGCAAUCGCGUGGCCCUCAGCCAGGCGCACAACGUCGAGUUCCACUGUCCGUAUUGCCGGACGCUGAGCAACACCGUGCUCCCGGUGACCGAGGCGCUGCCCGCCUUCUCGCCAGCUCCCUCGGCCAGCGAUAGCUAUCUGCCGCUGGACAGCUUCGUCGAGAUCAUGCGCACUUUGGCCGCCGAUUUGGGCGCCAUGAGGGACGAGGAGAUGUGCCAGUUUCCCAGCGUCGCCGGCAUUUUGCGUAAAUCCGGCGUGGUUGGCGACAUGGCGCAGUUCGAGCGGAGCGUUCAGCUCAUCCGGGAUCCGCCCAAGCUGCACGCCAACUACAGCGAUGUGAUGGCCUUCCUCAGCAAGGCGCUGCUAAAUGCCCGGCAGAGCCAGCAGUCGCAUCUGAAGGAGCAGCAAGGAACCAGCACUGGAACAGCCACCCUAGAUCCCGAUAGCAUCGAGCUGGUGCCGCUGCUCUGGGACACAUGCAGCUACACGCUGCAGGCGCUCGAGAUCUAUCUGUUCGAGGUGCAGAAGCCGCUGAAGGCCGAACUCCCUAUGCGCCACCAGAGCUGCGCCAUCAAUCUGGUGCGCGCCUGCUCCCGCUUCGCCGCCUCGCGCUGCAACUUUGAACUGGAGCUGGGCGAGAUUCCGUUGUCGCCGUCGCUGCGCCUGCAGGCGGAGUACUCCGCCCGGCUGCUGAACGAGAUCUUCAACCAGAAGGGCAGCAGUGUGCUCGAGUGGGACUGCUUCCGCAAGCUGGUGCCGCUGCAGUUUGGCGUCCUCAAUCUGAUGACCGCCGAGAGUGCCAACCAAACCGUCAUACCCAGCGGCAGCAUGUUCGACUUCUACAUCCUGCAGACCAUGUUCCUGGCCCAGCUGACCAAGGCGGUCCUCUGCUUCGAUGUGGACCGGGAGCAGGCCAAGCGGCCAGGCCAUGCCGAGCUCACGCAACUGGCCUACGUGGAGCAGCUGCCGGCCAGGAUCCGUGACAAUAUGGUGGCCUUCUAUCGCCGCUACAACAUUGCGGCCAGAGUGCUGCAGGCGAGCAAGCAGAAGCAGCUGGCCGAGGAGCAGCAGAAGGAAGGAGAUCAACAGCAGCAGCAGACGACUGUUGUCAUACCCUGCGAACCGCAUCACUUGGCCCUGCUGCUCGAGUACGUGCAGCGUCAGAUGAGCUCCUUCCUGCGCUGCGCCUGCCUCUUCUACCGCUGCCUCACCGACAUCGACUUCCCGGACACGUUUCCCACUGACCAGCCGGAUCGCUUCGAGCUAAUGUGCCAGUAUUUGGGCCUCGAGCCCCAGCUGGGCGUGUACUUUGACAUGGAGACGGUGUACGCCACGAUGAUGCACUCGUUCGCCUCGCAUCCGCACAUUGGACGCGAAAUAGAGCAGCGCGGCCAGCCGGAGGAGGUGCGUCGCUGCCUCCAACUGGAGCCCUGCCUGCGACCGCUGCCGCGUUUGAAGCCGCUGUACGACGACUACAGCGAUCUGAUCAACAGCGUGUCGGACAUCUUCUGCCCGAACAACGAGCGCGAGGAGAUGAAGACGCCGACAAUGUGUCUGAUCUGCGGCUCGAUCCUCUGCGGCCAGUCGUACUGCUGCCAGCCGGAGCUGGGCAAGAUGUCGGUGGGCGCGUGCACACAUCAUGCGCACGCCUGCGGCGCGGAGGUGGGUAUCUUCCUGCGCAUCCGCGACUGCCAGGUGGUCUAUCUGGGCAGGGGCAAGGGCUGCUUCGUCCAGCCGCCGUAUCUCGAUGAGUACGGCGAAACGGAUCAGGGGCUGAGGCGCGGCAAUCCGCUGAGACUCUGCCAGGCGGCCUACAGCAGGAUCUUCCUGCAGUGGCUCGGCCAUGGGCUGCACGAGGAGAUCGCCCGGCUGAACGACAACACCAAUGUGGCGGUGACGCAGUGGCAUCACAUGUAGUCCUGCGCAGACGAUGAUCAUGAUGACGAUUACAGUUACGAUAAAGGAGCAGGCGGCGGCGGCGGCGGCAGUCAAUGUGAUUAUUACAUACUAACAUUAGGAGAGCCUAUUUAUACGUCUAAGCAUUUUACUACUUGUCCGUUUUGGAAGAAGCGCCCACUCAUCCAACAUCAAACAUCCAACACCAUCCACAAACCACGAACACGCCACCAUCACCACCACCAAAUCCUGUCCAGCAGCGGCCCCCAAUCGACAAUUGCAACGAUUGUCCAACUUUCUUCUUAUUAAUUAAUAUUAAUUCAUUAAAAUAUUAUUAUGAUUUUUUUUUUGAACUAACCUUAGAAUACUUGUUGAUAGUUUGAGCGGCUCAGCGCCCUCCUCUAGUUAUAUAUAUAUAUAUAAUAUCAUAUGCUAAAUAUAUAACGACUAGGUUAGACUUUUGCCCAGCACUUCAAAUGUCGCAGCAGCUGAAGGAAGCAAAGCUACGUUGAAAUAAAAGCAACAAAAUAUGCAAGUCCUGCUCUCUCUCUAUCUUUUGUCUCGCUCGCGCGGCCCCACUCGAUGUAUAUAUAGUCCCGAUCUUUGAGUGCCGAUGAUCCUAACCAUGUUGAGGUCCUAUUUUUGGCGUUUGUUGAUUUGUACAUUUAGUUAGUGUAAAAAUAUUGAUACCGCUUAAGAGUAUACCCGAAAUUUGUUGUCCCCCCUUCAAGCAGAAGUUUAGAUUCGUAGUCGCCCGACCAAUCCACUUAUCCAUAGCCCACACAAUCGCCCUCUCUUCCAGAGCCCCCCGCUUUUCUACCCCAUCUCAAUCCAACCCAAGGAACGCAGUUAAAAUAGUCAUCAUGUUUACUUGAUCAAUAUACUUAACACCCUAUACGACUAUAUAUUUACAUAUUAACAAGCGUAUAUAUAUAUAUAUUAUAGAUACAUAACACGCAUAUUUCUUUUUAUGUAUUGUACAACAAACAACAAAAUCGACUAUGUAUGUGAAGUUCUAGCAAAAAGCAAAA